AUGAGACAAGAGGCUCAGGUGCCUAUUGUACAGAAGACAUACUAUGAUGAGUUGUAUAUUCUAGCAGACAGUGACAAGGAUGGAAUGAUCGGUUUGAAAGAUGCUGGUUUCUUUAGAAAGUCAGCAUUACCCGAUGAGACAUUGCGCGAGAUUUGGCAGUUGGCUGAUGUAAAGAAUGGAGUAUUGGACAUUGAGGACUUUAUCGUUGCACUAAAGUUGAUCUCAUUGGCACAGCUUGGCGCACCAAUUCAACUGGACAGCAUUAGAGCCAUGCCAGUUGUACCACCUCCCAAGUUACAAGAUGUUGCUUCCAUUCAAUUCGAUUGGGUAGUACCUCCCAAUGAGAAGAACAACUAUAUAGAUAUAUUCACAAAGAAUGACGAGGAUGCAGAUGGAUUCAUUAAUGGUGAUCAGGCCAAGGUUAUAUUCAGCGCGUCUAGAUUGCCGAGCAAGUUGUUGGGUCAUAUCUGGUUCCUGUCCGAUAUGAAUGGCGAUCAGAAGCUCGAUUGCCAAGAGUUCAUCAUUGCCACCUUCUUGAUACGCUCUCUGCUGAAAGGAUAUGAGUUGCCAACUCGUCUUCCCGACUCACUCAUCCAAUCAUCGCGUUACAUCAGCAACGCUGGAGUGCCCUCACCCAAGAUACCCGAUUGGUUGAUCCCGCCCGCCGAGAGGAUCAUCUAUGAGGACGUCUUCAACAAGAAUCAACAGAAUGGUUCAAUCAAUGCCAUGCAAGCAAAGGGAUUGUUUGAAAAGUCUGGACUGCCGAUGCAGGACUUGAGACAGAUCUGGGACCUGGCCGAUUACAAUCAUGAUCAACUGUUUGACAAGCAGAAGUUUGUCAUUGCCAUGUUCCUCAUUAGCCAGAGGAAGAAGAAGAAGGAGUUACCAACAACACUCCCUGUUGUACUAUUAGAAUCAUCAAAGUCAACGUUCCAGCCAAUGUCAAUCGUCGCACAGUCGCCCAAUGUUGAGUCACAAGUUAGCGACGCUGUCAAGUCUGGAAAGUAUAACUUUGACUUGGAUGACAUUGUUUCAAAGACAACGCCAGUGGCUGGCGCCACUCCAAUGAGUAGCCAGUCAGGUUUGGUUGGUGAGGAUGAUCAUUCAAAGUCCGUUACCAAGUCUCCUGUUUCGAUGGUGUCAGCAGUCGCGCCACAGGCAACCAUGCCUCAGCAGCAGCUGUCAGCAGCAGCUCAAUUCCCCAUUACUAUCCCGCCACCUCAACAGCAACAGCAGCAGCAACUGGCAUUGCCACCCCAGCAGCAACAAGCACAGCCACAAUCACAACAACUUCAACCAAGUGCUCAACAAGCACAGUUCCAGAACUUUCAAAUCACACAGACAAAGGAAUCGAUCGAGAGAGUUAGACAACAGACUGCGGAGAAGGAUAGAUUGUUGAAUGAUCUUAGGAAACAGUUCAUUGAGGAGUCCAAUCAAUCGAUUGAGAUGAACAAGGCAUUGCAGGUAGAGUCAUUGGCGCUUGAUGAGACACUGAAGCAGAUCCAUGAGCACGAGGAGAAGCUGGCCGCACAGAGACAGAGCAACAUUCAGAUCAAGGAGAGGAUAUCAUCGACGCGUGUCGACAUCAAGGCGGCCAACUCGCAGUUGGACCAGAUCACAAAGAUGCUCAAGGAUAAGUCGGCACAGUACGAGGAGGAGAGCGAGAGUCUGGCAAUGCUCGAGAGCGACCUGGGCGACAAGCAACAGGAGUUGGUGAGGUAUCAGAAGGAGGUGGAGGCGUUGGCCAAGUCGAUAGAGGCGCUCAAGCAGCAAAAGGUGGAGAGGCGUCAGGAGAUGGUGCAGACCAACAAGGCGGUGGUCGAUGCCAAGGCUGAUGUUAAGCGUCUGAACGAGGAGUUCAAGCAGUUGAAGGUGCAGCAGACCAUCUCGCCACCAACGACCACGACGACCACUACGACCUCGACAACCUCCCCAGCGUCUGUCGUCAAGAUGUCGACGGAUAGCUUCACUAGCGCGCCCGUCACGGCUCCGGCACAGACAGAGAGCACCGACGAUGGAUGGUCGUUGUUUGAGACCAUCAAGGUCCAGACCGUCACUCCAGUCUCGUCGCCAAUCGUGGAGAAGUCUUCGACCACUACUACAACUGCUACCACCACUACCAAUCCACUAAAGGCAUCGGGUGCCAACAGUGUUCAACAGCCACCAGCAACCGCGACCAGCAGCAACAACAACAACUUCUUCUUCAACGAUGACAAGUUCAACUCAUUCGACAAUGAUCAGUUCUCGUUCAGCAGCACGUUGCCCAACCCGUUCAACACGACGGCCAGCGAUGACUCUUCCUCACUGUCGCACAAGGCUGAUGCGGGCUCAGAGUUGUCGUUCACAGACCACUCCAACCUGUUUGGCAACAGCACAUUCGGUCCAGCCAGCAGCAGCUUCGACACAUUCGAGGCAUUCCAAUCGGCCAACGAUCCAUUCGGCUCAUUGAUCACCAACCCAGGCUUCUCGAACCAAGACACAUUCAUCAAGUCCCACUCCCAUGUGGCGGCGCCCAGCAACCAGCCAAGUUCAUCGAGCACUGCCGCCACGACGACCUCGACCAACAACCUCUUUGCCAGCGAGCCAAUCACAUCGUCGGUGGUCGUGACGCCCAAUUCAAAGAGCGAUAGUGUAACAAAGGAUAACGUGGCCGACAUGUUCACGACGGUUGUCGGCACCGAGACAGUCGGCUUUGAGGACUCGUUCGACGACAACUUCCACGUUGCCGCCGUGGUGCCAUCGACCGAGCCAACGCCAUUCAACACACCAUUCAACAGUGUGACCGCUGACGAUCUGUUUGGAUCCACACCAUUCGGUCCUGUUACCACCACCAGUGGCAAUGAACAACCAAACAUCUCAGCCAUGGCAGCAGCCAAUUCCUCCUUCUUCUUUGACGACACAUCCUUCACCGAGCGGUUCUCCAGCAACAAUGUCUUUGCCACAGCAUUCGAAGACACAUCAUUCAAUCCAACAAACUAA